AUGACUAAGAGUUACUCAAUCGAAACCGAGUUGGUUCUUUCCAAAUCCAGUGACCAGUACAAUGCAUCCGUACCUCCUUUGUACCAAUCGGCCACAUUUAAGCAGCCCUCGCUCUCCAAUAUGGGGGAGUACGAUUAUACUAGAUCCGGUAACCCAACAAGAACCUACUUACAGAACCAUUUGACCAAAAUCAUGAAGGCCAACCACACUUUUGCAGUGACAAGUGGUAUGGGAUGUUUGGAUGUGAUCACCAGACUCUUAAAGCCCGGUGAUGAGGUUAUUGCCGGCGAUGACUUGUAUGGUGGUACUCACAGAUUGUUGACCUACUUGAACAAUAAGGGAGACUUGAAGGUACACCACCACGACACCACCAAUACGGAAUUAAUCAAACUGAAGAUUACCAAGGAUAUCAAAAUGAUCUUCUUAGAGCUGCCUACCAACCCAUUAAUCAAGGUGUGUGAUGUCAAACUGAUCACUGAGCAUGCCCACCACGUAAACCCAGACUGUAUUGUCGUCUUUGACAACACCAUGAUGUCGCCUAUCUUGAUGACCCCAUUAGACCUUGGUGUAGACAUUCAGUACGAAUCUGCCACCAAGUACCUUAACGGUCACCACGAUAUCAUGGCCGGAGUAAUUGCAACUAGACUGACACAGCUUUCCGAAAAGAUCUACUACGUUAUCAAUUCCACCGGGUGCGGGUUAUCUCCCUUCGACCUGUGGCUCUUGUGCCGUGGUUUGAGGACAUUAGCUGUCCGUGUGGAAAGACAGCAACAGAACUGUAACAAGAUUGCAGACUUCUUGCAGCUGGUUGGCUUCAAAGUAAGAUAUCCUGGGUUGAAGAGCCACCCUCAAUACGAACUCCAUCAGUCCAUGUGUAGAGGAGCCGGUGCAGUGUUGUCAUUUGAGACCGGUGACAUCAAGACUUCUGAGAAGAUUGUCGAACUGACUGAUAUCUUUGGAAUUGCUGUUUCCUUUGGAUGUGUCAACUCGCUUAUUUCUAUGCCAUGUAAGAUGAGUCAUGCUUCUAUAGACGCAAAGACAAGAGAAGAAAGAGAAUUCCCUGAAGACUUGAUCAGAUUGUGUAUUGGUAUCGAAAACGCUGAUGACUUGAUUGACGAUUUGACUAAGGCGCUCUUGAAGAGUGGUGCAUGCAAGGUGAAUGCCAAGGAUGAGCUUUUCAACGCGGUUGGAGUCCAACCAAAGCUUUGA